AUGGCUUUUAUCACCAUGGAUAUCGACGGCCGCGCAGAGCGUCUCUACGGCUAUGUGAUCCCAGGCCUUGAAUUCGAUCUAAUCCUUGGAAAGGGUUGGGCGGAACGAAAUGACGUCGUCAUCGAUCGUACCAAAGACCUGCGUGACGCGAGACUCGUUUCCGCCAGCGUCUUCAUGGCGACAACGAAGCGCAUGCGCCGCCUCAAGAAAGACGCCCACCUUUUCUCAGUUACCAUCGCCGACAUCAACAAAGCUCUCGCCAAGCUCAGCGAGAAGAAAGCGAAACCGACCCUUGAACAACUCCAGCAAGACGGCCGAAUCCCACAAGAGAUCAAAGAUGUAGCUGGCGAUUUCCUAGACGACGACGACGUCGAUAUCACACCACCGCACAGAGAUAUCUGGGAUCAUGCCAUCAACCUCGAGAAAGACGACGAUGGUCGUGAUAAACGCCCACCGUUCGGACCACUCUACGAGAUGUCCCGUGACGAGCUCCUCGUGCUACGAAAAACUCUGACUGACCAUCUUGACAAGGGCUGGAUCCGCGCCAGCAGUUCACCCGCCAGCGCGCCUGUCCUCUUCGCACGAAAACCAAGUGGCGGUCUUCGCUUCUGCGUCGAUUACCGCGGCCUCAACGCCAUUACGAAGAACGACCGUUACCCUUUGCCGCUGAUCCGAGAGACCCUCCGCAACCUCGCCACUGCCCGAUGGUUCACCAAGCUUGACGUCCGCGCCGCUUUUCACAGACUUCGAGUCCGACACGGCGACGAAUGGAAAACCGCCUUUCGCACACGGUAUGGCCAAUUCGAAUGGCUGGUAACACCGUUUGGUCUCACAGGCGCGCCCGCGACCUUCCAGCGCUAUAUCAACUCGCACCUCCACGACCUCCUCGACGAAUUCUGCUCAGCCUACAUGGACGACGUCAUCAUCUACAGCGACGGCGACUACCUUGACCACAUGACCAAGGUCCGUACAGUGAUGGAACGCCUCCGCAAUGCCGGUCUUAAACUCGACCUCGAAAAGUGCGCUUUCGCCGUGAAAGAAGUCAAAUACCUAGGAUUCAUCAUCAAAGCCGGCGAGGGCGUGACGGUCGACCCGGAGAAAAUUCAGGCUAUUCGUGACUGGGAGGCGCCCACAACAGUGACAGGUGUCCGCUCUUUUCUUGGAUUUAAGUUGACCAAAUGGAAUUGGGACGCUUCAGCGCAGAACGCCUUCAACAAGCUCAAGGAACUCCUCAUCACCUCACCCGUCCUCGCGAUGUUUCACUCCGACCGCGAGACUGUACUCGAAUGCGAUGCCUCCGGAUGGGCCGUUGGCGCCGUCCUCUCUCAGCGAGACGAAAAGGGUAGACUGCGACCAGUCGGCUAUUUUUCACGCAAAUUCUCCGCUGCGGAGGUGAACUACGACAUUCACGACAAAGAACUUCUCGCCAUCGUCGCGGCAAUGGAGCACUUCUCAGGCGAGUUACGCAGCGUUGACAAAUUCAUAGUCGUCUCAGACCACAAGAACCUGCAAUACUUCAUGACCAACCGCCGCCUCUCCGAACGCCAGCGCGGUACAGACGCGCCGCUCAAAACCACACCCAUCGACGAUUCUCAAGCCCCGCCCAGAGGCGCCAAACUCUUCUUCGACUCCGCGCUUCAGUUGCUCUGGGACCGCGGCCUGAUCGAAGACGGCGAGUACCUGACUGCGAAAUCGACGACCGCGGAGCAUUGCUCCGGCGCGGCGCUUUAUGGGUGCCCAAUUGGGAACCACUUCGGACGGCACUGA